AAGCGGUUGUCAACAAGCAUCAUGGUAGGUCGUUGUUGUUGUCGUUGUUUAUGUGUUAUGCAUUGUGGUGGUGACUUAAGCUACUUGCUGAGUUGGUUGAUGUAGGUGGUCGUACAUUCAUGGUAUGUAAUGUGGUGUUCUAAUCAACAUUGACUAGUAUUUGGCUAGCCUGUUGAUGAGGAGAAGGAUGUGUUAGCUAGAAUGUGAGGCAGGACUGAUUUACUUCCAGGUGAGAGAGAUGAGGGUCCACCUACAAUACGGCGUGUUGUAUUAUCAGUUGCUGUGGCUUUUUAUUCGAUUGGUAAUAAUCGGGAUGAAGAUGAGUUGUGGUUGUGUGUCGAGUAGGUGAGGAUAGGAGGUGAAAUGCUGUCAGAUUAGGCCGGUGGUAUUUCGAAGGAGGUAAGUGUGGACUGGUUGUGUGCGUGUAUUAUGGUCACGAGGAGUUGUAUAAGACAGUAUGUGAGAUUCGCUUUGGUGGAGUUUUCAGUUGUAAGCUGUUGUAAAUUUUUCCUCGGAGGAGUAAGUUGAUGACAGUUUGUUUGUUUGUUUAUUUGUUUUUCAGCGUGAAUGUAUUAGUCUUCAUGUUGGUCAAGCGGGUGUCCAGAUGGGCGAUUCGUGUUGGGAGUUGUAUUGUCUUGAGCACGGUAUUGAGCCAGAUGGGCGAGUGCUGGUUGACUCGACAAUUUCAAAUGGGAAUGACGCAUUCAGUACAUUUUUCAGCGAGACGGGUUCCGGUCACUAUGUUCCACGUGCGGUGUUUGUUGAUCUUGAACCGACGGUGGUUGAUGGUUUACGCCAUGGGAAGUACAAGCAGUUAUUCCACCCAGAGCAGAUGAUUACUGGUCGGGAGGAUGCGGCGAACAACUACGCACGUGGCCACUACACGGUGGGCAAGGAGCUGGUGGACGAGGUAUUGGAUCGGAUACGGAAGUUGUCCGAGAGAUGCACGGGUCUUCAGGGAUUCCUGAUAUUUCAUUCGUUUGGAGGUGGUACUGGUUCAGGUUUCACCUCGCUACUGAUGGAACGGCUGUCGGUGGAUUUCGGGAAGAAGGCGAAACUGGAGUUCGCCAUAUAUCCCGCUCCACAUAUCUCUACGGCUGUUGUUGAGCCGUAUAACUCAGUUCUGACGACUCAUACGACGUUGGAGCACUCAGAUUGUGCGUUCAUGGUGGACAACGAGGCGAUUUACGAGAUAUGCCGUCGAAAUCUGACCAUCGAUCGACCAUCAUACACGAACUUGAAUCGUCUGAUUGGUCAAGUGGUGAGUUCGAUAACAGCUUCUCUUCGAUUCAGUGGUGCGUUGAAUGUGGAUUUGAAUGAGUUCCAGACGAACCUUGUGCCUUAUCCUCGUAUUCAUUUCCCGUUGACGACAUAUGCACCGAUCAUCUCAGCUGAGAAGGCGUUCCACGAGCAGCUGAGUGUAUCUGAGAUCACGAACUCGUGUUUUGAGCCAGUGAAUCAGAUGGUGAAGUGUGACCCUAGGAAUGGGAAGUAUAUGGCGUGUUGCUUGUUGUAUCGUGGUGACGUUGUUCCUAAGGAUGUGAAUUCAGCGAUUGCGAGUAUCAAGACUCGGAAGUGUAUUCAAUUUGUGGAUUGGUGCCCUACAGGUUUCAAGGUGGGCAUCAAUUAUCAGCCGCCUACGGUUGUUCCUGGUGGUGAUUUGGCUAAGGUGAAACGUGCUGUCUGCAUGUUGAGCAAUACAACGGCGAUAUCUGAGGCGUGGUCACGUUUGAACCGUAAAUUCGAUUUGAUGUAUUCGAAACGGGCUUUCGUGCACUGGUAUGUUGGUGAAGGUAUGGAGGAGGGUGAAUUUUCGGAGGCGCGAGAGGAUUUGGCUGCUCUGGAGAGAGAUUAUGAAGAAGUAGCCAGUGAGACGAAUGUGGACGGGCAAUCAGAUGACGGUUAUUGAUGCAACAUGAAUAGAUUUGCUUAUUUGAAUGAAUUGUAAUAUAAUUGAUCAGACUAUUUUCUUUGUACAUAUAAACGAACUUAUGAAACAACGA